CUCUCCUCGGCUCAGUUCGGCUCGGCUCGGCAGCAGAGUCUCAGCUGUAGUGAAGCUGGAGGAAAGAUGGCGGCCCCUGCUCUCUCCAGUCGGGCUGGCUCGGCGGGCAGCCUCGGGAACAGCCCCACCAUGGCCGCCGGGAGGCUCCCGCACGGCGGCGGCGGCGGAGGAGGAGGCGUCGGGCCCGAGCUGGACUUCAGGUCGGCGGCCCGCAUGGAGGACCUGAACCGGCUCAUCCAGGAGUUCAGCAAGCACGACCAGCGGGAGUACGACGACCAGCGGGCUCUGGAGAUCCACACGGCCAAGGACUUCAUCUUCUCCAUGCUGGGAAUGGUACAGAAGUUGGACCAGAAGCUCCCGGUGGCCAACGAGUACCUCCUGCUGUCGGGAGGCGUUCGUGAGGGCGUGGUGGACAUGGACCUGGACGAGCUGAGCGUCUACGCUCGCGGCACAGACUACGACAUGGACUUCACCCUGCUGGUCCCGGCGCUCAAACUCCACGACCGCAACCAGCCGGUGACCCUGGACAUGAGACACUCGGCACUGGGCCACUCCUGGCUCAGCCUGCGCCUCUUUGACGAAGGGACCAUCAACAAGUGGAAGGACUGCUGCACCAUCGUGGACCACAUCAACGGCACCACUAACUACUUCUUCUCCCCAACGCUGGUGGCCGACUGGUUUUACCAGUCCAUCUCACUGGUGCUGCUCGAGGUGCAGAAGAAGCCGCAGAGGGGGAUGCCGAGGGUGGAGAAAGUGGAGAGGAACGGCACCAUCAUCUCCGUCAUCCUGGGCGUCGGGAGCAGCCGCAUGCUGUACGACAUUGUCCCCGUGGUGUCCUUCAAAGGCUGGCCGGCGGUGGCUCAGAGCUGGCUGAUGGAGAACCACUUCUGGGACGGGAAGAUCACCGAGGAGGAGGUGAUCAGCGGUUUCUACCUCGUCCCCGCCUGCUCCUACAAAGGCCGCAAGGAGAACGAGUGGCGGCUGUCGUUCGCCCGCAGCGAGGUGCAGCUGAAGAAGUGCAUCUCGUCCAGCCUGAUGCAGGCGUACCAGGCCUGCAAGGCCAUCAUCAUCAAGCUGCUGUCGCGCCCCAAAGCCAUCAGCCCCUACCACCUGCGCAGCAUCAUGCUGUGGGCCUGCGACCGCCUUCCCCCCAACUACCUGGGCCAGGACGACUUCUCCGCCCACUUCCUGCUGGGCCUGAUCGACGACCUGCAGCACUGCCUCGUCAACAAGAUGUGUCCCAAUUACUUCAUCCCCCAGUGCAACAUGCUGGAGCACCUGUCUGACGAGACCGCCAUGCUGCACGCCCGCAAACUCUCCUCGGUGCGCUCCGACCCGGCCGAGCACCUCCGCACCACCAUCGAGCACGCCAAGGCCGCCAACAGGCUGACGGUGGAACUGCAGUGGCGAGGCAGCGCCAACAACCUGCCGUCGCCGCAGUCCGACGCCGGCGGCGAGAACCAGCCGGACGACCGGCUGGCCAAGAAGCUCCAGCAGCUGGUCACGGAGAAUCCGGGGAAGUCCAUCUCGGUCUUCAUCAACCCGGACGACGUCACGCGGCCGCACUUCCGCAUCGACGACAAGUUCUUCUGAGACGGAGAGACGUUGUCCCAGACCUCCUCCUCCUCUCUCUCUCUCUGCCUUCCUUCUCCUCGCCUGGUGCCCCC